AAGUGUACGGUUGUGAAUAGUUAAUCGUAAGGCAGGGGGUUAAGAAGGAUGUCUGAAAGUUUCUUUGAAUCGUGACAGAUUAUCGCGAGCGAGGGUGGUUGCUCUUCCGAGAAAAGAAGUAAGAAAAUUAAAAACACGGCGGAACGGUGGACAAAAGCGAAAGAGGCAACGCGACGGUAGAGUGAAACACCGGUGAAGAUGAUAUUAAGGCAAAGAACUGAUUGAAACGAGGGAAAUGGCGACUGUUGGGGCUGUUAGUGAAAUGAGUGCCGCGCGUUUGAGUGUGUGUUUCGGCGUUGUUCUCUACGUGGCUGUGACACUCGUCAGUUCUCAGGUCACAUGGACACCGAUCUACGUGGGACCCUACAGUCAAGUGGAUCUUUGGACACAAACGACCAAGGGUUGCGCCUGCAGUUUUAAUUCGUCCAGCAACGAAUGCGCUUGCUGCGUCCCGUCAGGAGGAUGCAGUUGCGGCGCUGCAUCGCCGGACAGAUGCGCUCAGUGCGGAUUGGAGCAACAUUGCGCCAACAUGUGCAACAUUACGUUGGACAGCAGACAGUUGUUCAGCAAAUCGGAUCGCGGUUUCGGACAAAUAAAGUCGCCCUCCCUUAAAGGACCCUCCAGAUGUACCUACAGGUUCGUGCCUGACACUGGACAACGGGUCGAGCUGCAAAUAUAUCGAUUAAUCUCCAUUGGACGACAUAAUGGCACAGCGUGCGAGGGCGGUUGGCUUCAACUCGAAGGCGGUGCUCGAGUUUGCGGUCGCAACGAACGUUUUGAUCGACCGGUCGUGCUAUUUUCCGACAAACCGAUGCCAAUUCUCCACAUGCAGAUAAAUGAAAAUACUACGAGAUCACAGUUUCUGGCAUACUUCAGUUUCUCCUCCAAAGCAAGCAUAUCUGUUGGCUGGCCUGUGAAAGGUGGAGACACUGUGAAUAAUACUGAGUGUGAUUGGGUUUACGAGGAUACUGAUUGUCACGACGGAUGCAUACUAGCCAGUCCCGGAUAUCCUGGCCUAUAUCCUCCUAACAUCCGCUGUCGGUACUUAAUUACUUCCGGCACCCGAAUGUCUAUCGCAAUUAACUUCACCGCUGUGCUUCUCCCUUACAAUCACUGCACCAGCGACUAUAUUGCCGUGUAUUCGGGUCCGACAACAUCGAGUCCUCUUUUAAAGAUGCUCUGUGGCAAAGAGAAAACCUCGUUGACUUACAGCGGACAGAAACUGUUGGUCGAGUUCAGAACGGGUCCCGAAGUACCCCCAUUUGAUUACAAUGGUUUCGUCGCGAAUUUGAAUUUCAUGGAAAUCACAACGGAACCACCGACGACAGUGACCACAGAAGGUUUUAAUAAAAGUGUGGACACAACAAAGAUGAUCAACAACAUUGGUUACAACGUGCGGUAUAAUAACCGGGAUCUCCACGAUCAUCGCAAGGAUCAAGGGUCAUCGUCGAGCAGCUGCGACCUAGAGGUCACAGGUGAGAAAGUACGAGCGGGUCAUCACGACACCCGGGGAAAGCUCAAGUCCACCACGUGUCGACUGGUUCUACGUGGACGUGCUUAUGACACUGGACACGUUUCACUGGCCAGUUACAAUCUUAGCGCCCAAACCUGCCAAUCAUCGAUAGAAAUAUUCGACGGGCUGCCGGAAGUUGGGAUGCCAGGCCCGGUGAAAUCUCUCGAGAGAAUUUGCAGCCCUGCGCAGAGACUCCCACGGGAAUUCGUCCAACAAGAUACGUACGUUGAGCCCAAAAGGUACUCCUCUAAUGGCCGAGAUAUGACGGUCGUUCUGAGACGAGCCUCGAACAGCCCGAACGACGAGGAAUAUAUGGACGUCUCUUAUUACUUCCACGACGAGCGAGAGGGUGGCACUCAACAACCGGCCAGCGUGUGCGACGUCGAAUAUUACGGAUUGACAUCACCGGUGAAGGGCUCCGUGGUGCAUCCAGAUCCCCACCGAUUAUUCGCCAUGGAGGGGCCUAUAAAAUGCAGGCAGCAUUUCAUUCCGGCGGCUAAUCAGUCGGUCAUCAUUCGCGUGGAGGGCAGCUCGAAGCAGAGCCCGAAUAACCCUUGCGAAACCAAAUGCGGAGACAGCGGCUGUCACUGCGUCAGCAACAAGUCUCUGGAGAACAUGGACCACCUUUUGCUCGUCUCUGAGACUGGUCACAUCGUCACCUGCCUCUGCGGAAAUUAUCAGGAUUGGCUGCCCGUUGGAAUCCGUAGCUGGACACCGGUCUACAUCGAGUGGUCGAGGUCCUCGAAGGCAGGCCUCAAUUUCCAGGCAGCUUACGAGUUUAUCAACGACACUUACUGCGGUGACUACACAACGACCAAACCGGAAGGCGAGGUCAAUGGCGGCGACCUGGCUAGUAGCGGCUUAAAGCUCAACCAGUAUUAUCAGCAGAAGUGCACGUGGAUACUCGACUCGCUCACGGAUCGACAACUCACUAUCGAAGUCAAGUCCACUCAGAGCCGUCCUUGCACCGCCUGGAAUCUGACGAUACACGAAUACAGCAAGAACGGUGAUCCAGCGGGGCCGAGAUUGCACACAUUCUGCUCGCGGGACACGCACAAAAAUUUCACACUGCCGUGGAAAACGAACACCGUGGUGGUUAGAUUGCAAGCACUAGGGAGAACAGCACCGGAAUAUACGAUGAAAUGGAGGAGCCAAACGGUGAUUGCGAACACUCACAAAAGUGGGCCAUCGCCAGCUCCGAAUCACGUGAUCGAUGCCUCGACCGGAAGUAUACCACAAGUGGCGAGAAUCCUAAUUCUCUUCACGAUACUCCUCGCUUACGCCGGUUGUUGAGUACACGAGCUCAACAUACCGUGUCCAUACACGUUCCUGUUCAAUAAGAAACAAACUAUACAAACGAGCCUAAGGUUUUCGUUGUGUGUGUACAUAAGUACGUCAUUUAAGUACCAUCGGAGCUCGUGUUUCGCCAUUUUGUUUUAUUUUAGAUCUUUUGGCGCAUAUUGUUAUUGAAUCUGAAGUUUCAUUGUUAAUUAAUAGUUAUGAAUGUUAAUAUCAGUUGUAGUAAACAAUGUCAACUUUUUGUUUUUACAUAGAACUGUUUUUGUUAAUAAUUAACAGUCAUGAGAAUGAAUGUCGAGUCCAUGUUUUUACAUAGAACUGUUUUUAUUAUUAAUUAACAGACAUGGAAAUGUCAAGUGGGAAAUAGCUUUAAUUGAGUUAUUGUAGUCUAUGUUAUCAUCAAGUUUGAACUAUCUAUUGUUAACCAACAAUCACUAUAAUGGAUGUAAACUGUACAUCGUUUUUGUUAUUAACAAUCACUGUAAUGGAUGUCAGCUCCAUAUUGUCAUACACUGUUAACUAUUUUUAUUAUUAAUUAACAAUCACUGUAAUGGAUGUCAAAUCCACGUUGUCAUAA